AUCAUGCCUACAUCGUUGCAGUGGAGGUACACAUGCGCACGCCAGCGGAUCUUUCAAGAACGUCCUUGCUGAGGGCAAAUUGGAGCAUCGAGAAGCCCGCGUGAUGUCCAUAUUGAACAAAUUUCCCGGUGUCCAAAUAUGACCUUGCCUGGGAAAUGGAAGAACCUUGGCCAGGCACCCUAAUCGACUGUCUCUUCAGAUAAUUUCAGUGAAGUGAGAUUGAUCUUCAAAGUCGUUAUUCAUAUUGAUCCAUCAGGGCUUGCAUGAAAGCUCCUGCAGGCCCACUUUCCAUUACAUUAUGUACAGCUCAGCAAGCAGCUUAUAUCUACAGUGCCCUGCCCACCUCGCGAGUCUGGCAGUGGGAGACAUCCCCGAACAGAAACGCCUUCCCAGUAUACAGACAAUCGACAGAGGCCAAGCUCAAGCUCGGCUACUGUCUUCGGAACGCUGGCUAUCAUAAGCCGAGGUCUGAAACGACGUCUGUGACAACAUCACUUACACCCGACAGAUCCACGGUGGGAUCUAUGUCAACAGUAGGAUCGAUAUUGAUGCUGUCGGCGCCGGGGCUGUUGCAGUUGGUAGGACUAAAUGACGAGCCGAUGCAGUCGUCAUCUGAACGGGCGUUUAUCUCUGGCUCCGGUUCUGGUUCGGCAGCUCUAAUGGCGAUGGUCGGGUCGAUGUCGAGGGACGGAUCGACGUUGACGCUAUCUGCGCCGGGACUGUUGCAGUUUGUCGGGCUGAAGGAUGAGCCCAGACAGAGGUCGCCUCCCACGUCUGGGACAGGAAGAGCCAGAAUCGUGCUGGAUGCAAAGAAGACGAGGAGAAGACUUUUGAAAUGCAUCUUGAAGGGUCGAUGUGUUAAGCCUCUUUGCGUGACGCUGGGGGAGUGUAGAGCGAGUGACUGGGUGUAGGUAGAGGCGUUGGGUAGGACGAAAGUGGGAUCUGCCAGACGACCUACCGGUACUAUAUAACCACGGCACGAUGCGCUGUGUCAAACACGUUGAGCCAUUCGUAGCAAGAUUACCAAGGAAAGCUGCUCCAUCUCCUGUACGGAGUAGUGCUUUGCUGAUCACUGGCCUUGACCUUGGUGAAAUCCUAGGCCUAAAACAGAUGCGCAAAGAAACAAAGCUGUUCAGGGCAGAUCUCUUUCCGUACGUGAUGAAAGUCGCGACCCUCGUUCGCUCUUUCAGGGCAGAAGUAAGCAGUGAUAUGCAGGAAGGCGGAUCCCCGGACUUGUGGCGUUCCGCAUCGACGUAAAUGCCCUCUGCGGCUCUCGUCGCCUGUU